AUGAAAAGAGCAGUUGUUGAUGUGGCCUUGAGAUUGUACCGAAAUGGUAUAGUUUGGAAGCGAACUGCUGAAGAGUAUUUCUUUAAAGGAUUUGAGGAUAACCUUGUAAAUUUAUUAUCGAUAUUUCCGUCGUCGUUCCGCAGUGCAAUGGGAAUUUUUGUACCAUGGGAUCGUAUUGGUUUCAUUUAUGGGCGCAAUGGCUCUACAAACUUGCUGGGUACACACACUAUAAGCACUGGUGUGGGAAACAUGGAACAAUUUGGUCAACUUCUUCUAUGGAAGGAUUUCUGUCGCACAGUAAAUAUGGAUUAUAAGGAUGAAGUAGAGGUGGAUGGUAUUUUGGGAUAUCGUUAUAUAUUAUCAUCGAAUAUGUUUGAUAAUGGAACAUUAAAUGCGGCCAACGAAUGUUUUUGUAAUGGUGAAUGUCUACCGUACGGUGUAGUUAACAUCUCCGCUUGUUGGUUUGGUCUACCGCUUUUUGUUUCAAAUCCUCAUUUUACAAUUGCCGAUACAUACUUUAUAUCGAAAGUAGACGGUUUAAAAUCGGAUGAAAAAAUGUAUACAACUACGGUUAUAUUAGAACCACGUACAGGUUUAAUGUUGGAACUUAGAGCUAAAUUUCAAUUGAAUUUCUACAUAGAACCACGUUCUCAUAUAAGAUCAUAUCAAACAAAACGUCGUAUGUUAUUUCCAGUUUUUUGGCUUGACAUGUUGUAUAUGCGCACCAAAAACUCUAUUCAAUUGUUACAAAUCGUUUACAAACUAGAAAAAUAUUGUCAUAUCUUUGGUGCUUCAAUAAUCGCAUUAUCAUUACUGAUAUUUAUAUGGCGCGCCUUUAAAUAUUAUUUUCAUCAUAUGGAAAUUAAUAGUAUUGCCAAUGAUGACGACGAUUAUGUUAUUGCAGAUAGUAACGAUAAGGAAAAGGUAGCUUUGUAUAGUUUGCCUACGAAUUUUAACUCGCUAUUAUACAUUUCCUAUCCUCGACGGAGUUUACAAAUUAUUUUUGCUCAUUUAGAUAAGGAUGAAGCAUUAAGUUCGUUUCUGGAAGAAAAUCAGCGUUACGAUUUUGAAAAAGAGCUGCAGCUCAGUGUAAAGUCGAGAGUUGAUCAUAAAUUUUGUAAGCUUAAAUAA